UCUUUCUGAAAGAGAGUCAAAGAAACAAUGACCAGUGCAAAAUAAAUAAACAAUUAAUUAAAAAAAAUAAACACUGGAAAGCAGAAAGUAGAAACAGAUCCAAAAAAUCUUUAUUUAAAAAAAAUCUUAAAUUUCUUGAAAUUCUUCAAAUCUAAAAAGAGGAAAAAAAAAGGGUAGUUGAAUUUUACUGUUAUCAGCUUUUUAUAGCUGAAAUUUGUUGACUGUGCCACAAUUUGUGGGACUUAAGUCUUAAUUUUUUUUAAAAAAAAUCAUUGCAAGCUUUGCUUUUUUUUUUUUUUGGGGGGUCAUAAAGAAAGUUGGGUCACACACAUUUCAUUACUACAUUCUCUGAAUUAAUCUCUCAGAAAACUUUUUUUAGGGUUUUGUGUUCGGAUGGAGACAAAGUGUGAGAAAAUGUGGGAAUGUGAGGGGAAGGAAGAGGAGAUAUGAGUGAACUAUGGGGUGUGUGUUUGGGAGAGAGGUUUCAGGGAGACCGGUAGGGAGGGAAGAAAGGAAGAGAGAGGAAAUUGGUAGGGUUUCCAAAAGGUCGGAGAAGGGUGAAGAGGUUGUUAGAGAUGGAAGUAACAGCCAGAGGGUGGAGGAGGAGAAGGCGGAGGAAGAAGAAGCAGCUGCUGCCGCCGCCUUUGCAGCUAAAGCAAGAGCGAAAAGGAAGUCUUCACGGCCAAAUCCACGGCUGAGUAACCCACCCAGGCACGUCCACGGCGAACAAGUCGCCGCCGGCUGGCCAUCUUGGCUGUCGAACGUCGCCGGUGAAGCCAUCAGCGGCUGGACUCCUCGCCGUGCUGAUUCUUUUGAGAAGAUUGAUAAGAUUGGUCAAGGAACAUACAGUAAUGUGUACAAAGCUAGGGAUACUUUGACUGGGAAGGUUGUUGCAUUAAAGAAAGUUCGUUUCGAUAAUUUGGAGCCGGAAAGUGUUAAGUUCAUGGCUAGGGAGAUUAAGAUUUUACGUCGAUUGGAUCAUCCUAAUGUGGUAAAAUUAGAAGGAUUGGUGACUUCGAGAAUGUCAUGUAGUUUGUAUCUUGUAUUUGAGUAUAUGGAGCACGAUUUGGCCGGACUCGCUGCUAGUCCGGCUAUAAAGUUCACCGAGUCUCAGGUAAAAUGUUAUAUGCAUCAGUUGUUAUCGGGGCUCGAACAUUGUCACAACCGACAUGUAUUGCAUCGUGAUAUUAAGGGGUCGAAUCUUCUUAUUGACAAUGGUGGUGUUCUUAAGAUAGCGGAUUUUGGUUUAGCCUCAUUUUUCGAUCCUAAUCACAAGCAGCCAAUGACUAGUAGGGUGGUUACACUUUGGUAUCGACCUCCAGAGCUCCUUCUUGGUGCCACCGAUUAUGGUGUUGGUGUGGAUCUCUGGAGUGCUGGCUGCAUUCUAGCUGAGUUAUUAGCUGGAAGGCCCAUCAUGCCUGGUCGCACCGAGGUGGAGCAAUUACACAAGAUAUUCAAACUAUGCGGCUCUCCUUCAGAUGAAUAUUGGAAAAAGUCAAAGUUGCCACAUGCAACCAUAUUUAAGCCUCAACAAUCAUAUAAACGAUGUAUAGCUGAAACUUUUAAGGAUUUUCCACCAUCAUCAUUGCCUCUGAUUGAUACUCUUCUUGCAAUUGAUCCUGUUGAGCGCCUGACAGCUACAGCCGCAUUAAAUAGUGAAUUCUUCACGACCAAGCCUUAUGCUUGUGAUCCUUCCAGCCUUCCAAAAUACCCACCUUGCAAGGAGAUGGAUGCUAAGCUACGAGAUGAAGAAGCUAGAAGAUUGCGAGCUGCUGGAAGAGCUAAUGCUGGAGUGAAGAAAGCUCGUCCACGUGAUCGAGCUGCGCGGGCAAUUCCUGCUCCAGAAGCAAAUGCUGAGCUUCAAGCCAACCUUGAUAGACGACGGUUAAUAACACAUGCAAAUGCCAAAAGCAAGAGUGAGAAAUUUCCACCUCCACACCAAGAUGGAACUCUUGGUUAUCCUUUGGGUUCUGCACAUCCGAUAGAUCCUGGUUAUGAUCCACCCGAUGUUCCGUUUAGUACAAGUUUCUCAUAUUCAAAUAAAGCACCAAUCCAGACAUGGUCUGGCCCUUUGAUCGACUCUUCUGCCGUUGGUGCUCCUAGGAGAAAGAAGCACAUGUCAGGUGAUGGUCAUUCACAUUCAAAGUCAUCUAAGAAAGACAAGAAUUCGACUAGAAUAUAAGAGACUACAUAUAAAACUGGCUGCUGGAAAGCCAAAACAUUGCUGAUACGAAGUGUUUCUUUGAUCUGCAACCGGGAAAACCGGAAACUGCAUCAGAGGUAAAAACUUGUAUUCAUUUUUACUAUCCAUUGUCUUUUUUUUUUUUUUUUGGUGGUAUUAUUGUGAGAAGCUUAUCUAAUGUUGUACAUCUGUUAUACUGUCAUUGUUUCUUCGGUUGUUGGAAAACCCCAAUUAGAUUUAGUAAAAAAAUUGAAUAAAUUUGUUCUACAA